CGUGCUCAUCGCCGUUCUCUCGACGUCUACGCUCUGUCAUGGUAAUGCAAAAUCAUGUUGCAGACCCCAUGGCCAGCGUCGCUGUAGUAUCAUUGCAUCGAUUCAAAGCAUCACAUGCUUCUGACGACGAGCCAGUCUGCAUUCCGUCAUGGCCUCGGUAUCUAACAGCCUCGACACAGCUAUAGGUGGAAUGACGGGCACAGAUAUCUGAAUACUGGCUCAAGGGUCCGAUCCUCGCUUUCCUAUUAGCGUGGUCCGCUCGACACCUGCUGCCUUCAUUUACUCACCGCGCUUAUAUAUGACCCAGAACUCAACGCGUUGACGCCCCUGCAGCCCGACGCCAUCUUUCGCUCAUACGCCCAUGUUGUCCUUCACCUCACCCUUCGCAAACGCCUCCCUCACCGUCGCGAAACCCCACGCAAUUCACCCACGACAUGCCGGAAUGCUUACGCGCACGCCCACGGAGAUCCUCCCUCGUCUGUGGUUGUCAGGGCUCUACACCGCUGUGGACGAGGAGCAGCUCUUGGCUAUAGGCGUCACGCACGUCGUUUCUGUCAUUGAGCAGCGUCCAAAAUACCCGCCUACACUAAAGAAGCUCAAGACGCUGCAUAUACCCGUCUACGACAUUGAGACCACGGACCUCCUCCAGCACCUCGAUGUCACCAAUGCGUUCAUUAAAUCCGCCCUUGACGACAAGCACAACACUGUCCUAGUGCACUGCGCGAUGGGCAUCUCCCGAUCGGCCACCGUCCUGGCCGCGUACCUUAUCGCGACGACGCGCAUGCAGCCGCACGAGGCCAUCGAGUUCCUCCAGUCCAAGCGCGAGAUCGUCUGUCCCAACCUGAGCUUCCGGCGCCAGCUCGACGUCUACGCCGCGCGCCUGCACCGCAGCAGGAAGCUGCGCAAGUUCCUCCCGCCGCCCCUCCGCCGCCCCGCGGCGUCGUACCUCCCCCACGCCCCGCUCGCGGCCGACGGCAUCCGCUUGUUGCGCACGUCCCAGAGCCCGCGCGUGUCCCAUCCUCACCCGGUCGCGAUGACGAGGCGGGGCUCGAUGGGCUGAGAACGCGUCCGCGUUCCUUACACUUUCUGGAUAGAAACGUGCUGCAGGAGAAGCUACCAGCUUCCUGUGGCCUGUCCUGCCCAAAGCAGGACGCCUCGCUUUCAGACCGCGUCCCACACGGCCUCAUAUCGGGAGCGGAGGACGUACAAUGCUGCUUCGUGGUUACGUAGUAAGUGGCCUCAUGUUCGUGUUCGUGUUCGAUUAGGUUUUGCGAUGGGGUCGUGGUGUACGCUGUAACAGAACCGAUACCCUUCGACGCUGUGCUUUCGAGCGUGUACGACUGUUCUUGGCAGGAGUUGCUACUUAAUGCUAUCUAUCAUAGACAGAUUAUGAGAUCUGCGCACCUGCACUGAUCUCGCGCAGCCCCUCGAGUCGGCAUGAAACUUUGUUCUAUGAACUGGCUCGCAUAUGCCACCACGAGUGUUGAUAUCUAGGUCCGCCUUUGAGCAUUGGGACACGCUGCUGGUCUUGUGCUUUUCUGCUAGCGCUGCGCUGGCUGUAUCCCGACGUCUCGGGAAACAUUGUGGCCAGACAUGAUCAAUCGUCUCCCGUAGGCCUGCACACGGAGAGGUAUCCCACUCGAUGAGUCAUUGCAUAUUCGGCUGGGGCGUUCUCAGCUGUGCUUUGCAAUCGUCCGGCCUCUGUCUUCAAGUCUACGUUCGAAUCAGCUGGUAGUGGGCAGUACUUGUUGGUGUGCGAGUGCUGACUAAGGCUUGUCGUCGCAAUAGCAGUCGGAGAAGUGUCAGGUUAUCACCAUGCUGGGCGCAUGAAAUGCUACACAGGAAGUUAUGGCUGCUUCGUACUAGUGUUAGCAGUCGGUACGUGGCGAGCGUGAUCGACUGAGCCUUUCACAGAUAUGCUGGUCUCCUAUGAGGCUAGUCGUGCGAACAAGCGGUCCAGAAUUGCAAGCCAUAUUGCAGACUCGGGAUGUUGCAGUAUCUCUGCAACGAUAUACAUAUAAUUAAACCCCGAGCAUUUUCGGACAUACCCAAAGGAGACAGCCCGCAGUACGGAGCACUAUGAGAGAUCUUAGUCAGUGGAAAGUAUAUAAUCCCCAGGUCAUCGUUCUCUAGUCUUCAGCCCGUCAGCGUAAACCCGCUCGCACGUCCAACUACCAUAUCUAAGACCACAUUACCGUCACCGACACAAUGGCGAUCGCCUCAGUCCUCGCGCCUCGCGACGUCCCGACGACGUUGAACUACUACAAGCCCCUCACCGAUGAGCCCCCACACAGCUAUGCCUACGCUGUCGAGGGCAAGCCCCAGACCAAUGUUGGCAAGGAGCCCCACCCCGCCGUCGUGCACGACGCCCGCGGCCGCGAGGCCGAGUUCUCGCUCGACAAAAACGGGUUCCAGUGGGUGCACUGGCCGAGCGUCGAAAAGGACUUGACCGACGACGAGAUCAUCAAGGAGAAGUACUACCCCGAGGUCGAGCGGCUCCUGAAGGAGGUUGCGGGCGCGAAGCGUGUCUUCAUCUUCGACCAUACUGUCAGGCGCAGCGCCAACUCGGAGGACCAGAGGGACCCCAAGAAGCGUGGCCCCGCUGAGCUCGUCCACAUCGACCAAACGUACGAGGCCUCGAUCGAGCGCGUCAAGUACCACCUCCCCGACGAGGCCGACCGGCUGCUCAAGUCGCGCGUGCGCAUCAUCAACGUCUGGCGGCCGAUCGCGCACCCCGUCGCGCACCACCCGCUCGCGGUCGCGGACUGGCGCACGCUCGACCACGCGAACCUCGUCCCGGUCGCGCUGCACUACCCGCACCGCACCGGGUACACGUACAGCGUGCGGUACACCCCCGGGCUGGAAUGGUACUACCUGGGCGGGCAGACGCCUGACGAGGUGACGCUGAUCAAGUGCUUCGACUCGGAGACGGACAGGGCGCGGCUGACGCCGCACACGGCGUUCCCGGACGCGGGGAGCCCGAAGGAUGCGCCGCAUAGGCAGUCGAUCGAGGUUCGUGUUUUGGUGUUCGAUGCUGAGUAACUUUGUCGGCGGAAGG